UGCCAACGGAGUUUGGAACUGGCCUAUAUGAAUUUGCGUAUGUUGCAAAGGACAGCGCUCUCAGUCGGAACACAAACAUAUGUAAAGUACGAUUCAAAGUUGAAGUCAAGACGUGUUCGGUUAUCGGUCAUCCACACAACGGCUUUCAUGACUGUCCUCGGAUAACGGAGUACCUGGUUUUAGGGACAACUUGCCGAUACUUCUGCAAUGAAGGUUAUAAAUUGCAAGGCCCAUCUCGUCAGGAAUGUGAUGGAACAGUAGCCACAUUAAGCUGGACACCAAUGCAAGCACCGAUCUGCCAAAGAAUAACUUGUGGUCCAUUGGAACACCCUUUGCAUGGUUCGGUAUCAUGCACACAGGGUGACUAUUACUUCAGCAUAUGUUCUUAUAGUUGUGAGCAAGGAUAUGGUCUCGAACCAGGAGUGGUGUCAAAUCUCGUUUGCCUGUCAUAUGGUUGGUCUGGAGUGCCAGCUACAGAAUGCACAGAUAAUGAAAGUCCGGUAUUAUCUGGAUGCGAAUCUCAACCUUUGAUUCACCGAUUUUUCCUCCCGGCCAAUGAAAGUGCGUCAGUCUUCAAUUGGACUGUCCCAAUCGCUUCUGACAAUGGUGGUGAAGAGCUAAACGUUAAUGAGCCAAAUUAUCCCAAACCCGGCGUAGAUGAACUGGAGGCUGACUAUUACAAUUUAAUCUACUCAGUCACAGAUGGCAAUGGCAACAUCGGGACAUGUAGUGUACUUCUCAUUGUGUCAGAAAUUCGCUGUGAUCCUCUGCCAAUCCAAGCAGGUCUCCAAGCCUUCUGCAGUCAUGGAAACCUGAUGGGUUCUUUCUGCCAUUUCUCUUGCAUUGACGGAUACUACCUGGAGGGGAACAACCAUGCCAAGUGCCAGCGAAGGAACUCGGGUUCUAAGCAAGGCGAUUGGUCAAAUCCAACUCCCAAAUGCACAGAGGUCCAUUGUGAUUCAGCCCCAGAACUAGAAAAUGGCUUUUUAUCAUUUGGAUUUUGUGACACGAGAUAUCUAUCCCUAUGUGUCUACGAUUGUUCUGAGGGAUACACCAUUAGGAAUCGCAUACUCCAGUGCAUUGGUGUGCCGGGAACCAACUCCGCUUCAUGGAUACCACCAGGGGGUGAUGGACCGGUGUGCGAAGUACAAACUUGUGACAUACCGCCGCUUUAUAGUAUCCUUGAGGUGACCAACGGAACGUGCGAAGAAUCUUCCUCUGUUCCAGUCAAUGAAAUAUGUUCCUUUGGAUGCGUGAAUGGAUACGCUUUGAAAGGGGAUGGCGUUAUUCAGUGUGGCCUGGAUGGAUCGUGGUUGCAACCAAUCCCAGAAUGUGAACCUAUCACUUGUCCCCCAAUACCGGAGCCUAUAAACGGAGGAAUUAAUGGAUGCCCUCUGCAGAUAAAUGUUGAGUAUGGAUCUACCUGCAGUGUCUUCUGUGACGUUGGGUUCAAGCCUAUCAAUGAAAGCGACCCUGUUCACCGUACCUGUGACAAAGAUGAAGAUGACAUAGGGUUUUGGAAUGAGGGUGGAAUAGUAGCAUGUGCUGCUGUGACCUGCCUCCCACUGUCUGAUCCCGUCAACGGUGAAAUAGAAUCGUGUACAAUUGAUGGAUCUAGCACCAACACCAGUCACAUUCAACGUUACAAUACAGUUUGCAAGUCUUCCUGCAACCUUGGCUACACCGCACAGUACAGCAUCACUCGUAGAUGUAUAGAGGAUGGAUCUUGGGAUGGCAUCGAUCAGCUCUGCCAAGAUGAAACCAGUCCGGAUAUAAACUGUCCAUCAGACAGAAUUUUGUAUGCAGACUUCAACCAACUUGAGGCAACAUUUGAAGCUAGCCUUUGGGAGCCUGUUCUUGCAACUGAUGCUGGAAAUAGUCUGACCGCUUACCUGCACAGCAUAAACUCAGAGACUGUAAAUGGAACCAUACCAACAACUGUGGCAGAAGGAGAACAUACAAUAGAGUACCGGGCUACUGAUGUUGCAGGGAAUCAUGAAUCCUGUUCAUUCACUCUAGAUGUCAAAGUAACCAGAUGCCCUCCUUUAUUUAUUCCUGCGAAUGGUGAAAUUCUGAUGAACUCUGGCAGUGGCAGUUGUACCGGCGGGGCAGUAUAUGGAUCGGAGUGCCUGGUUUCUUGUCUGGAUGGUCAUGUACUCUCUGAAGACACAGGGGAUCAGUCUUUUGUCACCCUCGUUUGCAACAGAUCCAGUUCACUUUCCACAGUUGGAAUCUGGAGUGGACAAUUGCCAUAUUGCAACAAAAUUGAAUGUGACAUUCCAAUGGUAUCCAAUGGAUCCGUUUCUGGUUGCCCAUUAUCUGCUGUCUAUGGCGAUUCAUGCUACUUCAGGUGCAACAGUGGAUUCGAGAGCAGCGAAGGAAAGAAGUCUAUUACCAGAGUUUGCCAGGCCAAUGGAACAUUUGAUGGACAAGACCUCAACUGUGAUGUUCAAAUAUCAUGUCCUGCACUGAUGGAACCCAAGCAUGGGUCUGUUUUACCACCUAUAUGUACUCAAUCUGGAGGUGUCCCCUACGAUACACAUUGCUCAUUCUCCUGCAAUCGUGGCUACCUACAAAAUGGAGUUUAUUACAAGACAUGCCUUCCUACUGGAAUGUGGAGUGACACACGUGAAGUAACAUGCACAGACAACGAGGCUCCUGUUUUCUCAUCUCCAUGUCCAAUGAACCACUACUACAACGCUGAGAGGGGUCUUUCAUAUGCCUUCAUACCAGAGAUAAGUGACCUUGAACCAGACGCAUCUGACAACUCUGGAGAAUUCAAUAUUACCCUGAAUUCAAUGAUACCAGCCAAUAACCUGUUUCCCGAGAACCCAACGAGAUUGGUCUACAUGGCCGUUGAUGCAGAGGGCAAUCUAGCUGUCUGUCACGUAAUUAUUCAUGUAACAGUGUUUCGAUGUCCUCGGCUUCAAGCUCCUUUCCAUGGAUCUAUUAUCAACUGUAGUGUUAGCCCUGUGUAUGGAUCUGAAUGUUCCUACAUGUGUAAUGAAGGAUAUGAACUUGAAGGAUCUGAAAGAAGAACUUGUGAACUGAGUGGCAAUCAUGGGCCUGCAAGUUGGACCGGUGAUGAACCAGUGUGCCAAGCAAAGACCUGUCCUGCACUGAUGACCCCUCAAAAUGCUGUAAAAUCUGGCUGCAUCAACAACCCACCAAGCGUUGAAGUUUAUGGCACACAAUGUUUCUUCUUCUGUGUGUAUGGUUUUGAAGGGAUUGGCGAAAGUGGCUCUUUGUGCCAAGCAGAUGGAACAUGGACAAGUACUAAUUUCACUUGCAGAGCUACAUUAUGUGCAGCCUUGGAUAUUCCACAUGGGUCUUCGGUUGCACCAGAAAAUUGUGCCGUCGAUCCUGUUUUUGGCCAGUCGUGCGUUGUAUCAUGCAAUCAAGAAGGAUACCAGCUUUCUCCUCCAAACUUCUCUUUGUUGUCAUGCCUCGGAAAUGGCAAGUGGGCUCCAGGCAACACAACGUUUACAACAUGCAAAGACAUACUGAGCCCAUCGUUCUCUCAGUGUCCCCAAUACCUGACUUUCAAUCCUCCAAGGGGGGAAACGCUUGCUAACGUGUCCUGGAAUGUUUCAGCUACAGACAAUAGUGGGGAAGAACCCACUAUUUCGUGUGACAAGGACCAAGGCCCUAUGGCGGAAGGUGACUACCAGGUGAGAUGUGCUGCCUCGGAUGCCACAGGGAAUAGCAGAGUGUGUACAUUUGACAUCGAAGUGCAGAUUCACAGAUGCCGUCAAUAUUGGCUUCCACCGUUCGCUGAAUUUGUUGGUGCCUGUGAAACCAUUUGGGGUGCCGAGUGCAAUAUAGCUUGCUCUUAUGGCUACCAGCUGAUAGGGUCUAGUAAGGUCACGUGUGAGUAUGAUGGCUCUAAAACAAGCUGGAAUGCAGAAACGACACCUACAUGUGAAGCAAUCCAGUGUGAUCCUUUAGAACUGCCUGAACAUGUCAACAUCAAUCCACCGUUGUGUGCUGGCCCUGUACCUGUCAAUGCAAGGAUAAUGUGCACACCAUAUUGCCCAACUGGUAGAGAUCUACAAGGUAAUGGGCUGCCCAUCGUUUGUGAAGAUAAUGGUCAAUGGAGCAGAUUCAUUAACAGUUCAUCGGAAGAUUUUGCAUGUAAAGACAUCACCGCACCAAUCUUGAAAUCCUGUCCAUCUCCCCUUACUCUUACAAGGACCGAGGCCUGGGGUGUGACAGCAACUUUUGUUGCUCCUACAGCUACUGAUUCUGUAGACGGUAGUGAUCUAAUUGUCUUAACGUUACCAUCUGAUCUUGCAUCCCCAUACAACCUCACUGAAGACUCCACACUCAUCUACACCUUUGACAUGGCUGGAAAUAAUGUAUCAUGUUCUUUUAUAAUUUAUGUUCAAGACGAACUUUACCCAGUUGUGGAGUACUGUCCCAACAACACUGAAGUCAGCACCAGCCAACAAUUAACUGAAGUCACCUGGGAUCUGCCCAUAUUUUCCGAACCUACGGGGGACCCCUUGGAUAUUUCCUGCAACUAUGAGGACGGCAUGGCAACCCUUGCUAUUGACAAGGAUCACUUGGUAGAAUGCAAGGCAACAAAUCUUGAUAAUUCUAAAACUUCUACCUGCAGCUUCAUCAUAAGCGUUAAAAGAGUUCCCUGCCAAGGCCUAGAUCCCCCGGUGAAUGGAGCUCUGAGUUGUAGCGGUUGGUCCGGUGGCACAUUUUGCUCGAUCUAUUGUAACAAAGCUUUUGACAUUCCAACAUCAUUUCUGGAUAUCCCUGAGUUUUAUGUGUGUGAUAUAUCUGGCCAAUGGAAUCCACAUGACACAGUACCAGACUGCACAGAGACAAGGAAUGGAAAUCGAAUCAACCUUCCAAGUGAAGUACAUUACUAUAGUGGCACCUGCGGUACUAAUCAAACCAAUCUGCAGAUCGCAAGUGCAUUCCUCAAUGCCUUUCAGCUUUCAGGAUUUUCAAGCGUCUGCACGGAUAAUGAUGGAUGUGCAGUGGAAAAUGUACUAGUUACAUGUGGACCCAUCGAUGGAGCAAACGAACGACGGAAGCGGGGUCUUGUACAAAGGAAGUAUGGACAUAAGGAAGGCCCUGUGAGGAAAAUAGAGAAGAGAGACAUUUCUGAAUAUAGGUUUACUGUCAGAUUUUGGUUUGGACGUAAUCUGACGAUUGCUGAAGACCAAGACCCCUUUGAUGCAGUUUUGGACUCAGAGGGUGAAAUGAUCAAGGUUGUGGAAACUCUUGUUGAAAAUGGCGAUCUGGACCUGAACUCCACUGUUUCUGAUGUUUCUUUAGAUCUAGACAAAUCAUCUAUCUCAUUUGAUUAUGCAGAACUGGUGUGCGAUCCUCCAUACACAGUGGACAAUGAUGAUUAUCUUUGUGUACCAUGUGGAAGGGGUUUUCAUUAUGACAAUGAAACUCAGGAGUGUCUACAGUGUGAAGUGGGGUCCUACCAAGACUCCCAUGCCCAGUUCACAUGUCAACAGUGCCCUGAAGGACAGUCUACACUUGAUGUUGGAUCUGUGAACAUGACCCAAUGCAGAGAUAUUUGCCAGCCCGGCCAAAGUUCAGACUCUGGACUAGCACCAUGCAAUCCUUGCCAGAUAGGUAGCUACCAAGAUGAAUUAUAUUCUACUGAAUGUGUCACCUGCCCCAAUGGAACGUCAACUGAAAGCAAAGGUUCCAAUUCGCAUCUUGAUUGUAUUGAGAUUUGUGAAGCAGGAGAGUACUCCCCAUCAGGAUUCGUUCCUUGCACGUUGUGUCCUCUUGGUACUUACCAGAGUGGAACUCAACGAAGUCAAUGCCAUGAGUGUCCAGGCGAGACUACAACACUGCAGACGGGUUCAACUGAUGCAUCUAUGUGUGUUGAUAUUGAUGAAUGUGCAAGCCUCCCAUGCCAACAGGGUGCAUCCUGCGUUGAUGGAAUCAACUCAUACACAUGCUUAUGUAGGAAAGGUUAUAGAGGGCGUUUGUGUGCCGAUCGUAUUCUGUGGUGCGACUCUGGUCCUUGCCUCAACGGAGGAUCUUGUGUGGAGGAAGGUGACGGGUUCUCAUGCAUUUGUGCUCCUGGAUAUACAGGCUACUUAUGCGAGAUAGAAGUAGACUACUGUGAUCCACUACCAUGCAUGAAUGAUGGAACUUGUAUGAACAACGAAGGUGAUUUUGAGUGUUCUUGCCCAUUUGGAUUUGGUGGUAAAACCUGCGCAGACGAAAUAGACUACUGUCCAGAAAAUCAGUGCGAAAAUGGAAGAUGCAUAGUUUCUGAACUUGCAUUAGGUGGGUACUUCUGUGAAUGUAACGCAGGAUUUACAGGAUUGACCUGUUCUAUCAACAUUGACGAAUGUAAGAGUAGCCCUUGCUUACAUGGUGGUGUUUGCAUCGAUGGUAUCAACAGUUUUACCUGUUCAUGUACAACUGGAUUUAAUGGUGUGGAAUGUGAAGGAGACAUUGAUCUAUGUGCUGAUUGGAACUGCCAGAAUGGUGGUACAUGCAAGGAUCUAGGCGACAGCGUAAUCUGUGCAUGUGCUGAAGCCUAUGCUGGGCAGCACUGUGAAGAAGUUAGAACAGCUUGCAGUGACUCCCCCUGCAGAAAUGGAGGAACAUGCUCAGCUGUUGACGACACAACAUUGGCAUACGAAUGCUCUUGUACUGAGCGAUUCAUAGGACAAAUGUGUGAAACCAAAGUGAACUUCUGUCUGUCCGAUCCUUGUAGAAAUGGAGCCACCUGUGAGGAUGACGUCUUUAGCUACAUCUGCCAUUGUCCUGCUGGAUAUCAAGGGGAAACCUGUUCUGAAGUAAUACGAUGGUGCGAUGACACUCCAUGUGGACUGAAUGCAACCUGCAUUGAAGAGACUGAUUCCUUCACCUGCCUAUGCAGUGUGGGUUACACUGGACCGAGAUGUGAGGACGUACUAACGUUCUGCAAUUCCCAAAACCCCUGCCGCAAUGGAGCUACUUGCAGUGGAGACCCGGAUACAUUUGAGUGCCAUUGCCCACCUGCAUACAACGGUAUGUUAUGUGAGCAUAUGAUCGACCCUUGUGCUGCUUCACCCUGCCUGAAUGGUGGUACAUGUGUUCAGGAACAGCUUUCGUAUCAGUGCGACUGUUUGCAAGGAUUUGAAGGAAUUCACUGCGAAGUUGAUCAAAAUGAAUGUAACAGCAAUCCAUGUGAGCAUGGAACCUGCACCAAUACCCCAGGCUCUUUUGAAUGCGAAUGUGAAGCAGGGUACACUGGGGUUACCUGUUCAGAAGAUGUCCUAUGCAGCCCAAAUCCUUGUGAAAAUGGAGGAGUCUGUGAGAACCUGAACACAAGAUAUCGUUGCGAAUGUGCCUUAGGAUUCAGAGGAAGAACGUGCGGUACCCAAAUAGACUACUGUCGACAAAACCCUUGCAUCGGUCAAAACACUGACCACUGCGAGAAUCUAGUUGGUAGUUACCUGUGUACCUGUAAGAUUGGAUUCUCAGGAUCACGAUGUGAGACAGAGAUUGACGAGUGUGCAAUGUCCCCGUGUCUGAAUGGUGGAAGCUGCAUCAACCAAUGGGGGAGUUUCACAUGCCAAUGUCAACCGGGCUUCACAGGUGACCGUUGCGAUGAAAACAUUGAUGAUUGUGUCAAUCACAAUUGUGAAAAUAAUGGGACCUGUGUCGAUGAGAUCAAUAGAUAUAGCUGCCAGUGUACCCAAGGAUCGUAUGGGUCACAUUGUCAGCUGAGGUCAACACUCUGUGAUAACAACCCUUGCCGCAAUGGAGGUUUGUGCAUUCUCAAUGAAGAUGGCUUCCAGUGUGAAUGUCUGUCUGGUUUCAAAGGUGAAACCUGCGAAUAUGACAUUGAUGACUGCAAAAAUCAUCUCUGCGCUCAUGGCUCCACGUGCCAAGACCAGUGGAAUAGCUACCGCUGUAUGUGUCCACUAGGCGUCACUGGCAGGCUUUGCGAUGAAGAGAUCGACAACUGUCUGUUGAAUCCUUGCCAACAUGGAUCGACAUGCAUAGAUGGAAGAUCAAGAUUUACGUGUGCUUGUGCAAACGGAUUCAUGGGAAGGUUGUGUGAAGUUGACAUCUUGGAAUGUUCUUCCUCACCUUGUCACAACUUUGGUACAUGUAUAGAAGGAACAAACAGAUUUGAUUGCCAGUGCCCUGAAGGUUAUCGUGGUACAACUUGUGAAGAGCUUGUUAGUUCAUGUGUGUCGAGCCCAUGCAAGAACAAUGGAACCUGCAUAGACGUCCUCAGAAAUUUCAUCUGCACAUGUCCUCCAGGGUAUACAGGAGACACAUGUGGAACAGUUAUUCCUGACAACUAUGAUCUUAAAUUGGAUCAUCAAACAUCGUCCACUGUGUUUUCUGCUAAUGUCAGCACCGACUUAGAAAAUGUAACUGUAUCACUCUGGAUGAUGGCAGAGAUGACAUCACCCAACAAGCAAUUCUUCAACCUUCAAAUGGGCAAUCUUCACUUUGGUAUUUACAACCCCUGCAGUCUUAUUUUCAUGGAGGCAGUUCGGAAUUAUUCAUCUGAUGGUCUUUCCGUUUGUGAUGGUCGUUGGCAUCAUCUGUUGCUUGUAUUUAUCCGAACUGGGGGAUGGUCUGUUCUUUUUGAUGGUUCUGAGGCUGCAAGUGACGAUGGCGAUGGAUCUGAUUAUCGUCUCUCAGGAAAAUUGCAGCUUGAAGUUGGAGUAAUUGAGCUGGACAGAAAUGAUUCAAUCACAAUGACUGGUAUCAAUGUUUGGACUGGGGAUAUUCCAGAGGAUGUGAUGUCAAGAGUCAAAUCAGAGUGUUUGCCACAGCUAUAUGGGAACAUUAUUUCAUGGACAGACUUUGACUCGCACCAGGAUUUUUCGACAUCUUCAGCGACUCCUUCAGUGUGUGAUGAUACGGAUGAAUGCAAAGUGCUGGAUCCUUGUCUGAAUGGAGCAACAUGUGUGGACGAACUCCGUUCUUAUACUUGUGUAUGUCUUACGGAUUAUACCGGAAUUCACUGUGAGAGGUUCAUAGAGCUGUGCAACACCGAUAGCUGUGAACAUGGAGGAACCUGUACAACCAUGAAUGGGACUACUCAUUGUUCAUGUCCAGAUAGAUUCUUCGGAGAGUUUUGUGAGCAUGAGAUAAUUGAUGGUGGUUGGAGUGACUGGUUGCCAUGGAGUCCAUGUAGCGCAUCUUGUGAAGGUGGAACUCGAAAUACUUCAAGGGAGUGUACUAACCCACCACCUAAUGAAUAUGGUCAACCUUGUACAGGCGAAAGUGCAAAAGAAGAACCCUGUAACCCUCAGGAUUGCCCUGGUUGCCUUCAUCUGCAGAAUCCUGAGAAUGGCACAGUGAGCUGUUGGAGUGAAGAUGAAACCAAGAGAUGUACUGUUAAGUGCAACUCAACUGACUUUGGCUUUGUUCAGCCCACGCUGGACUUGUAUUCCUGUGGUCCAGAGACAGACUAUAAAUGGGAUCAUCAACAUGAUUACAAUCGUAGAGCCAUCCUUCCUCCAUGCAAGGAAACAAUACCCGCAGAUUCGCUGGAUGCUCAAGUCAGCUUGCCUUUUCCUGCAGCAACCUGUGUUUCAUCUGUUCAAGAAGAGAAUAUUCUAGUAAUAGCCACCUCUAAUAUUUUGGAUAAUGUUUAUGCGAUUGGCUGUGAAAAUUGUGCUGUUUCCAAUGUACAGGUCAGCAAUUGUGGGCUAUCAAGAAAGCGAUCACUUGAAGAAUCUCCGGUCACUAUUUCCUUUGACAUAGAUCUUAGCAAUGCUACUGAGACUAUCACUGACUUUGGAAGCAGUUUCCAGCAACGUUUAGAAAAUGGAUCAUUUUCUCUUGAACUGGAUGGUGUAGUCAUCGCAGUUGACGUUAACAGAACCACUGGUGAUGUCACGAUAGCUUGUCCAAUUGGAACUGGCCUAACAUUGGAGGGUAGAUGCGUUGUAUGCCCGGCCGGUAAUUAUCAUUACGUGCUGCCAAACACAACUGAAGCUGUAUGUGCACCAUGUGCUUUACAUACCUACCAGAAUCAAGACGGCCAAGAUGAUUGUCUUCCAUGCCCUUCAGGUUUGAUAACAAACGAUCCAGGGGCUGAUGGUAUCCACUUCUGCAUUGAUCCGGACCAACCAUGUCCAGUUGGUCAUUACCAAGAUGUUUGGGCUGAUUCCAAUGAAACAGUAUGUAUAAAAUGUCCUCAUGAUUCCUACCAAAACGAAACUGGAAAGGAGAGCUGUAUACCAUGCCCUGAUAAAUAUGUAACUCUGGAACAGGGAUCAACAGACUUGUCUGAUUGUGUUGCUCUGUGUGAUGCUGGGCAUUAUGUUGAUCUUUCAAACGAGACCAAUCCACAAUGUCCUCCGUGUCCACUCAACACAUUCAUAGAUCUUGAUUUGCAUAAAAAACAAGAAUGCUUGCCAUGUCCAACAGGAAUGAUUACUGUUCGGAAUGGAAGUUCUCGAAGUGCUGAUUGCCUUGUCGUUUGUCAGCCAGGGACCUAUCUAGAAAGUUCAUCUUGCAUUCCAUGCCCUUUAAACACCUACCAGGACCAGACCAGUCAUCGUGAAGGUUCAUGCAUCAAUUGUACUGGGAACCUUGUUACUCUUCACGAGGGUUCAGAAAACAAAGAAGACUGUGAAGAAGAGCCUGAUACUUCUCAAUUAGGCAUGAGCCAGGGUCUACUUAUCGGCAUCAUUGUAGCCGCUGUCAUUGGCCUUCUACUAGUUAUCCUUGUUGUGGCUGUCCUGUUUAGAUUGAAAAGGGGAGCUCGAGUAAAGUUCCAUGAGACAACCAUGGCGAUGAAGACGAUUGAAGGCACAAGUGGGGAAAGUAAUGGUUAAGUGCUAAGUCUUCCUUUGGAAAGAAGUUCAUAUUCAGAAAGGCUAUCCAGAUUGAAGAGAUAAGAUGUCAGGCUCAACCAAAUUCUGAACACUCACACCACCUUCACUACUUCAAUGCAUAUCUG